AACCAUCACUUUCAAAUGCAGUUUUUACUCUCUUAUCGAGGACUUGCUGUGACUUCUUAUUGCCUGCCAUAGCAAAUCCAAGUCUAGCACGUCAGGAUCUGGCAGAUAUCCCCAGCCUUGCUUCUCACCUACCUCAUUCUUUAGUUCCUCUGCUCUAACCUCAUGUUUUGACCAUGUAUGUGUGUGUCCCUCUUCCCCAUUAAACAAAAGUUCUUGGUGUAACUUGAGUUCUCUUGCAGGGCCCAGUCAGCUUUUUCCCGAUAGGAGCUCUGUGGAGAGGGCUCCCAGUCUGGUUUUCCAUUAUGUCCCAGGAUCUGGGUGGUGAGCGUCCCCUUCGCAAGAGCUCUGCACUGAGAGCUGAGGCUUUCAAGCCUGGGGUCUCUCUGUGUCUUUCAGGCUGGCUGGUGCUCCAGGCCCGUCAGUGGGUGUUCCAGGAGGGGGAGACCAUUUGGCUGAGGUGCCACAGCUGGAAGAAUACUCGUCUGCAGAAGGUCUCGUAUUUACAGAAUGGCCAAGUCAGGAGGUAUUUUCAUAGUAAUUCUGACUUCCACAUUCCAAACGCCACAUACAGUCACAGUGGCUCCUACUUCUGCAGGGGACUUAUCGGAGGACGUAAAAAUGAAUCUUCAAAGACUAUAGACAUCAUUGUUCAAGGUUUGACAAUUCCAUCCAUCCAUUCCUCUCCACCUUGGCACCAAGUCGCUUUCUGCCUGGUGAUGGUAGUACUGUUUGCAGUGGACACAGGGUUGUAUUUCUCUGUGCAGAGAAACCUUCAAAGCUCAGUGUGAUACUGGAAGGGCCACAAAUUUAAAUGGAGCAAGGACCCUCAGGGCAAAUGAUCCCUUUUCCCACGGGGGUAAUGAGAACAGUGGCAGCAGCAUCUCUGAACCUCUCUCUGGAUUUGCAGUGGCUUCAUCCCCAUCAGGCGUCUCCAAAAGCAGCAGGAAAAAUAACAACUCAGAGCCUGGGCUGAGGGCCCCGCAUCCAACUCUCUAUUUUCUCUUGGCCUCCAAUGGAAAGGAGAAGCUUAUGAUCUUCAAGUGCCAACAGCAAAGCCUCAGUGAGCAGCUGUGUUCCUGGGAAUUGAAGUCUCAGAGCUACACAAACACUUUCUCUGUCCCAACCAUUCACUCACAGCAAAACCACAACACAAGCUCUGGAUGAUGACCCCUUAAAUGUAUAAAAAUUUUUCCUAGAUGGAUAAAUAGAAUUAAUGGUUGAGGCAGUGUCAGCUGGAUAGUUUGCAUCUGUUGCUACAGGGCUGGUUGCCUUUGGGGUACCCCAAAACUCCUUCCUGUGAGAACUGCUGGGAAAUCUAGGGGACUCAGCAGAACCGAUGAAGGGAGCUCCCAUGUGUGCCCAGAAACAGAGCUGUCUCCCUAGAACAUGAGCCAUGGUGGAGGUAACCGGAAAUCACAGGAGUGACAUAGAAUUGAGUUUUCCAGGGGAAUCUCUAUCUAGAACUGCUAUGGUCUGCCAGUAUAUAAUGAUGUACCCCCUUAAUGCUGUGAGUAGAAAAUGGUCCUAGAAAGGGGUCUGGGGAUUAGGGUGGGGGAAUUUGGAAAAGAAAGCAUGGAGCAAACUGUGUCACUGUCACAGGUUAAGCUGUGUGAACAGUAAUAUCAGCAUCUGAACUGUGAAAGCAUGAGAAAAAUCAACCAAAAGUGCACAGGAAGAAAUGGGCAGAGGGUGAAGAUUCGUGUGUGGCCAAGGUAGUAAGAAUUAGAGAGAGGAGGCGCGUGGAGUAUAAAACCAACUUUUCUGCUUCAAUAUCCAAUUCAGUUGUAUCUUUGUUUGCAUCAUUCAUUAAACAAACAUUGUAUAUCCAAUACCAAAUAUAUUGAAUUCUACUGAGUUAAAUUAUGAAACUUUGAAAUCCCUCAGCAUGUCAGUACCACUGGGGUGGGAAUGGAGAAGGCAAUCGUUGCUUAUGGAAGAAAGCUUUGGCUAUCUCUGUCUGUUUUAGAAGUUUUAAACAACAUUUCUUGAUUCCAAUGAAACAUUUUACAAGAUCUUGCAUGGUACUCUCAGAUAGGAGAUGGAAAAACCAUGGCAAUAAAACAUGAAUGAUAAAA